AUGACUGGGGUCCCGAGGACCCUAACGUUGGAGGGAAAGACGUUCGUAACGGAGCACCGUCUGAACGAACGCAAGCAUAUAGAGCCGAUUCACAAGAAAAAGCGUAGCCUUUCGGCUGACCGGGAUGAAGCCGCCCGCAAGGAGGUAGAUGAGCUGCUAAAGGCGGGAAUAAUCCGAGAGUCCCCUUACCCCAUCUGGAUUGCAAAUCCGGUUAUCGUAAAAAAAAAGGAACGGAGGGUGGCGAAUAUAGGGAAAAACCUGGAGGCGUACGUAAACGACAUGGUUAUUAAGAGCAGAGACGAAGAAGGACUCCUCGACGACAUUCGAGAGACCUUCAGUAACCUACAGAAGAUAAACAUGAAACUUAAUCCGAAAAAAUGUUCAUUCGGUGUAGAGGAAGGGAAGUUUCUCGGGUACUACAUCAAUAAGCCAAUAAAACAAAUACUAGUAAAACCAGAUAAAUCAGGAAGAGUGGCCAAGUGGGCUAUCGAACUAGGGGAGCAUGAGAUAGAAUUCAGAGGACGACACGCAAUAAAAGGACAAAUAUUGGCCGACUUCAUCACCGAUGUACAAGAAUCCAAAGACACAGAAACAUAUUCCGCGUCCCUGGAGGUGAUUGGGACCGUCGAACGUGACCUACGGAAGCUAUACACUGACGAGGCCGCAAGUUCCGAUGGUUGCGGAGCAGGCCCCAUGCUGGUCAACCCGGAAGAAAAGGAGUUUACUUAUGCACUAAAUUUUGAGUUCAUAGUGACGAACAACGAGGCCGAAUACGAGGCACUAUUGGCUGGGCUUCGGAUGGCAAGGGAUAUGAAGAUCCGUAGCAUACAAGUAUAUGUCGACUCCCAGUUAGUCGCACGACAAGUAAAGGGGGAAUACGAGGCAAAACAAGAAACCACCCAAAAGUAUCUACGGAAGGUACAAGAAUUACGAGAAUCUUUCAGCCACUUCGAAAUAGAGCACAUCCGGAGGAGUCAAAACAAAAAAGCAGAUGCAUUGAGCAAACUGGCCUCCCUGACUUUUGAUCACAUGGGGAAAAAGGUGCUGGUAGAAGUACUUAAAGAGAGGUCAAUCGAGGAAAAGUUCGGGAUACCGCAAAUGAUAAUAUCCGAAAAUGGGCCGCAAUUUGCCAGAGGAAUCUUCCCCGAGUUUUGCAAGCAUCUACAAAUAAAGCAGUCUUUCGCUUCGGUAUAUCACCCACAAGGAAACGGGCAGGUAGAAGUAACCAACAGGGAAAUCAUCAAAGGAAUAGAAAGGAGGUUGGGACGAAGCCAUAAGGGAUGGGUCGACGAGCUACCAUUGGUUCUCUGGGCAAACACGACAGCUCCGAAACAAAGUAACGGUGAAACCCCCUUUAGCCUGGCCUUUGGUAGCACCCACAAAAUUCCAAGUAUCAACCCACAGGAUGCUAAGCACGGAAGGAAACUCUAA